AUGUUCAUUGGGGAUGGAGCAAAACUUGUUCGUGAUGCUUUUCAGCUUGCAAAAGAAAAAUCUCCUUGUAUCAUUUUUAUAGAUGAAAUUGAUGCAAUUGGCACAAAGCGUUUUGAUAGUGAGGUUAGUGGGGAUAGAGAGGUCCAACGGACAAUGUUAGAAUUACUCAAUCAGCUUGAUGGAUUUAGUAGCGAUGACCGGAUAAAGGUGAUAGCAGCAACAAAUCGAGCUGAUAUUUUAGACCCUGCUCUCAUGCGAUCUGGUCGACUAGAUCGUAAAAUUGAGUUUCCCCAUCCCACGGAAGAGGCCAGAGCUCGAAUCUUGCAGAUCCAUUCCCGAAAAAUGAAUGUUCACCCAGAUGUUAAUUUUGAAGAGCUGGCUCGUUCCACGGACGAUUUUAAUGGUGCACAACUGAAAGCUGUUUGUGUGGAGGCAGGCAUGCUAGCUCUUCGCCGUGAUGCCACUGAGGUGAAUCACGAAGACUUCAAUGAAGGUAUCAUCCAAGUUCAGGCUAAGAAGAGAGCAAGCUUAAAUUACUACGCAUAGAUUUUUAUCUGUGAUGUGUUGUGCUAGUUUGGGCCAGGAACUUUGAAGCCAUCUGCGUGUCUGUUUGUGUGUGUGGUGCUAUAGGUUUUUAGGGUGAUCCGUGUGGGCUGUAUAUAUAUAUUUUUUUUUGGGGGUGGGGGGAAGACCCGAGGGGUUUGUUGGCAUUUGUAUUUUGUAAGAGAUUCAGCUCAAUCUUAUGCAGAUUUUGAGAGCACAAAUGAUACUACCUUGUCGGUGGAAAUCCCUUUUACCACCUAUGUCACUAGUAAUUUUAGUGCAAGUUUCAUUUUGGUUAGGCCUCACCAAAGAGCCCAGAUUCUAAUGGGUCGCUCACGAUCCCUACACAUGGUAGGGCUUGGAUAGCCCUCUAGCUUGGUG